CAUCAUCGUUUUCGUUGCACGAAAUGAUGAAUCUGCCUACUUCAAAUCCAUCUUCUUAUGGAAACAUCUCAUCACAAAACGGUUUGUAUCCAUCUACUUACUCCUUCACCGAUUGCCUCCAAAGUUCUCCAGGAGCGUAUGAAUCUCUACUUCAAAAAUCUUUUGGUCUUUCUCCCUCUUCAUCAGAGGUUUUCAACUCUUCGAUCGAUCAAGAAUCGAACCGUGAUGUUACUAAUGAAGUAAUCAAUGGUGGUGCAUGCAACGAGACUGAAACUAGGGUUUCUGCAUCUAAUUCUUCCUCUAGUGAGGCUGAUCAUCCCGGCGAAGAUUCCGGCAAGAGUAGGAGGAAACGAGAGUUAGUCGGAGAAGAAGAUCAAAGUUCCAAAAAAGUUGGGAAAACGAAAAAGAAUGAGGUGAAGAAACAAAGAGAGCCACGAGUCUCGUUUAUGACUAAAAGUGAAGUUGAUCAUCUUGAAGAUGGUUAUAGAUGGAGAAAAUACGGCCAAAAGGCUGUAAAAAAUAGCCCUUAUCCAAGGAGUUACUAUAGAUGUACAACGCAAAGGUGCAACGUGAAGAAACGAGUGGAGAGAUCGUUUCAAGAUCCAACGGUUGUGAUUACAACUUACGAGGGUCAACACAACCACCCGAUUCCGACUAAUCUCCGGGGAAGUUCCGCGGCGGCUGCUAUGUUCUCUGCAGAUCUCAUGACUCCAAGAAGCUUUGCACAUGAUAUGUUUAGGACGGCGGCUUAUACUAACGGUGGUUCUGCGGCGGCGGCUUUGGAUUAUGGAUAUGGACAAAGUGGUUAUGGUAGUGUGAAUGCAAACCCUAGUUCUCAUCAAGAGUAUCAUCAAGGGGGUGAGUACGAGCUCUUGAGGGAGAUCUUUCCUUCAAUUUUCUUCAAGCAAGAGCCUUGAUCGAUCAUUGUUAUAAUUAGCUACUUAUAUAUAUUCACU